CACAUAGAAACAACAAUGGCAGACAAAACCAUUGUUGCACUUUGCACCAUGAGUUGUAGACAAUAUUGUUAUGAGUCAUGCAUCCUUGUGUUCAUGAUUAGCUGGAAUAUUCUUAAGAAUUUAUAUACAGUAUAUUCUUAUGAUAUGGUAUUUAUACAUAGGAGUGAUUUGUUAUUGUUGCAUAGAGCCUUGGAAGAAACUUGUUUAUCGAACUAUUAUGAACACACUGCUGGUUUGGAUGCGAGACUACUGCUAAUUAUUCCACAUCUUCCACUGUGGAAUAAUCAUUACUCUGCAAUGACAGUUCAUGUCUAAUCUCACCUGUGCUGUCACACCUCCUGCGUCUCGUACUAUAUUCCCGCGGCGGAAGCUCCAUUGUUUCAGCUGAAGUCCAGUGUAAUUGCACCACCACCACCACGCAGCCUGUGACAAAAUAAGUGAUGCUUUUUUUAAAGACACACGGAACGCCCCCCUGCCUAAGUAUUUGCGACCCAUUCCCACACCCACCCUCUCACAGCCUUCUUUUCAUGACACAUGGACAUAUGAUAGCAGCACACAGGGGAUGUCCUUUAAUGUGUGCCAGGGCUGAAGUUCAUAACACACACACACGCAUACACACACACACACACACACACACGAGGGACAGUAAGCAUGCACAGGGUGGGUCCUUACAAGUGCAAAGGUCAUAUUUAAGAUGUGUUUACCAGCAACGGUUCAACUCCAAUCACAUUCAAUCACACACACGUACUAGCAUAGCGUCUUUGUAUGUGUUCAAUGCAAUGUUGUUUUUGCACCACGUUAAAAUAACUAUUUUUAGACCAAAUAAACAUUAAUUAAUACAGUAUGUCUUCCUAUAAUCUCCCUCACACACGGUUUGCUCCACUCUACAAGAGGCACUCGAAUGUUUGUUUUGAAGUUGCAGGUUUUUGUGACGUCUUGAAGGAAAACCCUCCCUGACGGAAAUACCUCUGACUUGCCUCUAGGGAGGGCCACCGCAAAAAAAAAAACUUUAAAAAGCUGCAAAUGGUUGAAUUUUAUUUGAACAUACAUGAAGUUACAAUGGAAUACACCACAUGAUUUAAUUCACAGUUCCACAUAACCAAAAGGAGUAGGAAGAAGCAAAUCUCCCCCAUCUGUUUCAAUUGCAAUACAUUUAUUCACUUCCUGUAUUCCAGAUGUGAUUUUUUUUAAUACAUAAAGAAGUGUAAGGUAGUAGUGUAACCACAUAGUGAUGUCUUCUUCUUCUUCUAUAUCUUUGGGCUUUUCCCUCCAGGGGGUCACCACAGCAAAUCAAUCUCCUCCAUCCAACCUUGUCUUCUGGAGCUGUCUCUCUCACACCAACUACCCUCAUGUCCUCCUUCACUACAUCCAUAAAACUCCUCUUUGGACACAGCAUCCUUCUACUAAUAUAUUCACUAUCUCUCCUCUGGACAUGUCCCAACCAUCUCAGUAUGGCCUCUCUGAGUUUAUCUCCAAGGCCUCUAACAUGUAAUGUCCAUCUGAUGUACUUGUUCCUGAUCCUAUCCAUCCUGGUCACUCCCAAUGAGAACCUCAGCAUCCUCAUCUCUGCUACCUCCAGUUCUGCUUCCUGUCUUUUCCUCAGUGGCAAUGUCUCUAGACCAAACAACAUGGCUGAUCUCACUAAUGAUUAAUUUUCAUUUUCGAUCGGCCACCAAUUGGUAUCACCUGGAGGAUUAUGGUUACACCGAUGAGAAAUAUAAAAACAUUUCAAGAUAUCAGACCAAUACCAAUCACUAUUUCCUUUUCCUAUUUACAGCACAAAGGUCAGAUGGAGGUUGUUUUGUCUUUAAAUGUAAUUAACUGCUUCCUCGCCGAUAUUGGAUUGUUUUUUUACUGACAAAACAAAUGGAGAAGAAUGUCAACGUGACCUCCACGACCUUUUUUCGAAAUGCAGUGGGACAAAAAAAUAGGACGAAAGAGCUGUCUAACAGAUGCCCCCCUUCUAUGUCACAUUACUCAACAUGGAUACGUGUUGUCCUUUGUGUACUUAGUAUGCUUAUCUGGACCUAUGGACCUAUGAGAAGUCCACCUAAACCUGAUUAGCCGCUGUAAAUGUGGACCAUGAGAGUUGUGGUUUGUCAUUAAUGCACUACUUUUUUUUUUUUGGUAGAUUGCAGUGUUGCAGAGGUCACAUGAUUGAAAUCCUCCAUUGUUCAAGUUUUGGAAAAUGAUAUCCAGAUGUUUGGGGCCGAGAGGAAGCAUGUGCAGUAAAAAAAAAAAACAAAAAACAGGGGAGUUUGAACAAACAGGCAGGCAAAACAUCAGAGCACUUCAGUUGGUGAGGAGUUAUACAUUUACUUACAUUUGCAGCCCAGAGGUUGAUCGGAACACUCUGGAUUCUUUUUUUUUUCGCUGGAGGCUCACGAGACCUGAGGUGAGGAUCUGCUUUGCUCACAACAUGUGAAUCUAAAUAAUGGCGUCAUAUACAACCCUGGCGUUCCUCCUGGUGUUUUUAGUGACGCUGCUCCCCUCAUGUCGGGGAGGGAAAAUUCUGGUCUACCCCUUUGAUGGAAGUCACUGGAUCAACAUGAAAAUUCUGGUGGAGGCUCUUCAUUCUCAAGGACAUGAAAUCACAGUGCUGCGUACCUCCACCAGCUGGUACGUCUCUGAGAAGUCACCUUACUACACCUCCAUCACCGUCAUGCUGGAGCAGUCUCAGAACAUCGAGAGCCAGAGCUUCAUGACGUCUUUCCUGGAAAGGUCCAUCGAGAUCAGACGACAUAGAGGCUCGCUUUGGGGCUUUGUGGAGUUCUACAGGAACCUCUUUGGCUUUAUUGGAGAGAACCAAAUGGUUGUGGCUCAAUUGGUGGUCAACAUUUUUGAGAAUAAAACUCUCAUCAAGGAGCUGAAUGAGACAGGAUAUGAUGUUUUCUUGAUGGAUCCGGCCUUUCCAGCAGGAGUGCUCCUGGCUCACUAUCUGAACCUCCCCAUGGUCUUUAACGUACGCUGGCUUUUCAACGGAGAGGCUCACUUUGCCAUCGCUCCAUCUCCUCUGUCCUACAUACCCGAGCUCUUCUCAAAGUACACCGAUAAAAUGGAUUUGUUUCAAAGAAUGAACAACAUCAUCUACCACGCCGCUCUGCUUUACAUGCACUACUUUGUCGCCAAUCCGCCAAUACAGGCUGUGUGCGAUCGGUAUUUCGGAGGCGACGUCAGCGCCAUGUCUCUUGUACAAGGAGCUGAUAUCUGGCUGAUGAGGGUUGACUUCACAUUUGAGUACCCACGACCCACCAUGCCCAAUGUGGUCUACAUCGGAGGCUUUCAGGGCAAGCCGUCCAAACCUCUGCCGGCAGAUUUGGAAGACUUUGUGCAGAGUUCCGGCGAACACGGCGUUGUCGUCAUGACGUUAGGAACGCUACUGGGUGAUCUGGGUCCUGAAAUAUCGGAGAUCAUCGCAUCUGCUUUUGCAAAGCUCCCUCAGAAAGUUGUGUGGAGACAUCUCGGAAAGAAGCCUGCCACUCUCGGGAACAACACCUUGCUGGUGGAUUGGAUGCCUCAGAACGACUUACUGGGCCACCCUAAGACCAAAGCCUUUGUUACACACGGGGGUACGAACGGCAUAUACGAAGCCAUCUACCACAGCGUCCCAAUUCUGGGCGUUCCUCUGAUCUUUGACCAGGAUGAUAACAUGGUCCGGAUGAAGGCCAAGGGAGUCGCCGAGAUUGUUGAAGUGACGACACUGGAUGUGGAGUCUUUCUCGAGUUCCCUGAGGAAUGUUCUGGAUCCGCAGAAGCCUUACAAACAGAAUAUGAUCAAACUAUCCCAGCUGCAUCACGACAAACCCAUGAAACCCAUUGACACCGCCGUCUUCUGGAUAGAGUACGUGAUGAGGCAUAAGGGGGCUCCGCAUCUGCGCACAGAAUCCUAUAAGUUGCCGUGGUAUGUCUAUCACUGUCUGGAUGUCUUUGCUGUUUUGGGAAUCUUCUGUCUUCUCGUCGCUGCGUCUAUUUGGAUUUCGUGUAGAUGGCUCUGUAAGCGCCUAACCAGGUCCAAGAAGUCCAAAAUAAAAUCCAAGAGACAAUAGAAUAGAGAGAGAGGUCUAACAAAAAACAGCAGCUGCAGUAUUUACCAGAGGUUUGGACUCAGGUCUUGGACUUGGGUCACACAAGUUAGACUCAAGCCAGACUGGAGUCACACUUUUGACGACUUUGGACUCGACUUGACAAUAUCAAAGACUUGCAAUUUGACUUGGACAUCAAUGACUUGGGAUGUAAGUCAGAAUUUAGUCUCAGGACUUGAAAAUACUUAAGAUUGAUAAAAUGUGUCCCCCAUUCCCCAAGUCCCCAAGUCCCCAAGUAUUAUGUAAUUCCCAGCAAGACAACAUAUUUUCCAUUUGAAUCCGCCUCGUCUAUUAGCAUCCAAUCAGGUUUAAGAACAAUCAACAAAUGCGUGGAUUACAUUUCUGUGCUGAAUCCGCAACCCUUAGCCCCCCUCCCUGUCGUCUUACCCCUUAAAACCUCGAGCCAAGGGAAAGAAGGCACUAAGAAAAGGGACACCACUUGAUUCUUAUUACAUCAUCACUCAUAAACACCUACUGGCUGUGUCAUAGACAAAUAUGGACAAUUCAUUCAUUAAUUUUCUACCGCUUAUAAGGACUCGAAAGUUGACUUCAGACUUUACUCGACCUGUCUUGACUUGCGACGUGAGGCAGGGGUACGAACAAUUGAAGUGGUACAUUUGGGAUUCUGAUAUCGUAAUCCGAAUUAAUGUGAAGUCAUCUUGUAUUUGUAAUUGUUUUACACGGUUCAAUAAAGACUUAUUUCUUUCUGAUUCUGAACCACCCCGUAGGAAGCCGAGAUUGUAGUUGCAAUGUGCAUCUCGGGCGCUAGAUGUCGCCAGAUACUACUCACUCAUUGUGGCGCCAUCGCUCCGUGUUCAUAAGGUCAUCAUCCAUUUUCGAGAAGUUUGGAGCACAAGGACGCUUAUGAGACAUCAUAAGCAUAUCAUUAAUAUCAUUAUUAUCAUAAGAAUGUAUUUGAAUACUAUAGAGCCUAUAAUAUUAAGUAAAAAACAAAGCAUAAACACAAAAGUCUUAGCAAAAUGCAUGCCGUUUAAACAAUGUCACAAUAAUGUUCAGCAUAAACAUGAAAGUAAGAAACUAUUAUUUACAGAAAAGAAGCAAAAGUGCAACAUCAUUGAAGCAGUGUUACAAACAAAACUGCCUUAGAGUCAUUCUGGGGGACAUACACAAGUAUGCCAGUCAAAGUAUUUUUUUUAGAAUUGAAUUAUUACAAAUGCCCUCAAAGGAUAAACAUAUUUGUUGUCUAAGCAGCUCAAUUUUCAGGUUUUUGACAUAGCAAUAAAAUACAAAAUGUCUUCACUAUUUACUGAAUUCAUUUGUCUGGAUCAGUGCUUCUCAAAUAGUGGGGGGCGGGGAACUGUCAGGGGGAGGCACGAGAUGCUUCCAUUUCAAUGCAGACCUACCAACCUACCAACAUGUACUUGCUUGCUUGUAUGCGCUCCAUUUGGGUUCAUUUAGUUUUUAAGCUCAGUCUGUACAGUACAGAUAAAUGAAUAAUUAUUAUCAGUAUUUCAAAAUUUCAGUGAGCCAUGACUUGAAUAUACAAGUUUAAAUCUACCAAAUUAAAGAUUUGUGUUUGCAAGUGUGAAAACACAAUAUUUAGAAAAUCUAAUAAAAACCCAAACCCCGGUGUCGAGCCUGUCCUCAGGUUGAGUUCUCAUUAUGAGUGACGUCUUUUAUCCGACAUCGGAUGUGAUGGGACAAUUAUUACAAAAACAUACAUGCCGGUUCAUACGGUUACAUUAAAUAGUGGUUGCUGGUUGCAUUGAAAUGUGCCUGACACUCUGAAAAAAACCUGUCUGUGAGCUUCUGGUGACGUGUCUGCACUGUGCGCCUGUCAGCCAAUUUACCACUGCGCAGUGUGCGCUUCGCCUGCGCCAAGAAUAAACCGGGUUGGAUCUGGCGAGCUUUCGGCGCAUCUUUGGCAUGCUGUUUUGUCUCGAAAUUGUCACUGAAUAUUGCCAAGCUGAAUAUGUGGACACCUCCUGGUGCGCCACCACGCCCACCUUGACACAGUCCAGUCUACCAAAUUACCAUAUUGGCUGCGCACAUUGGUGCGCUGGACCAAAUUACCACUGCGUGGGCUGCGCCGUGAAAUUAGAGCCCUGUGAGUUAUGUCAAAGUUCAGUGAAGUCCUGUUGUUACCAAGGCGAUGAGUCAGGGUCUGUAUCCCCAAAGAGCAGGGUUUCUGAACGGGGCGUAGGGGCAGUUGCUAUGGCAGACACAUGAGUGGAUCAUCAUCACAGCCCGAUGUAGAAGCCUGCCGGUGGAGCAGCGGAAGGUCACCUCGGCCGUGGAGGUUUGGUAAGGUGUACAGCAGCGGGAGUCGGUGCAGCGUCCGCAGUAGCGCAGCUGGUAGGCCCGUGUGCUAUAGCAGCCCUGGUGAACAAGUCGAAUGGGCCCCUGUGAUGUGUAGCUGGCCGUACACUGGCCCUGCUGUCCCUGCUGGGGAAACCAGCGACCAAUCACAACACUUAAAUAAGGAAUCAUACUCUUAUCCAAUUGAAAUGUAGAACCAUGAUUCUAGCUAACAGAUCCUCACAUAACAAGUGAAAAAACACAACUCACCGUGGGUCUGCUUGGCAAGGGAAGUUGUGAAUGGCAGGGCCGCACUUUACAAAGACGAGUCUCCAUUUGUAGCCUGCAGGCUGGAUUCUGAUUGGAGACGCGUGUGGAGAUCCCGGCCCCACAGCUCUGGGAGCAGGCGCUCCACUGGGUGCUCAGCUCGGUACAGGUGGAGGCAGCUGGGACCAGGGAUGGUGGCCACUGCUCGUUUGGUUUCAUGGCUGGAGAGGACAAGAAGCUAAAUGAUAGGUCGGGAAUCAGGAAGUCUGGUGUCUUUAGGAAAUGUAAACAAAUGUGGCUUUCCAGUACGAGGCAUUGCUAGCAAGUAAACAGAGGAGCAGAGCUUGGGCGAAGACACAGAGUUUCCAUAUAAGGAAGUCCGCCCCUCUGUGAUGUCACAAAGGGAUAGUUUUACCACGCCUUCUGAAACCAAGCAUUUUGAACCAUCCCAAUCUUCCUUCAGGGCUCAUUUCUUAAAUGCUCAAACCUUUUUAUCUGAAACUUUGACAUCGUUUAACACGAGAAAAAAACAUGCUAACUACAUUUAUAGGUCAGAAAAGCGGAAAAAGCGUAAUAGGUCCCCUUUAACACCAUGUUGCCAUAUUUUUGAGUUAUACUUUCCCUUGCCAUCAGCACUGGCAGAAAAAACUGUUUUUAGACUGUCCAAAACAUGUGUUUGGCCCUGUAACUCCAAAUGCAGUGAAACUCAUUCUACUAAUAAAAUGAUUUAAACGGUUUCAAGAGCCUGAAAGAAUGCUUUCAUCUUUCAUUAAA